AUGUUCACGUCUUCGCGCCUCCGCCCGCGGCGGAUCGCCGCGGCGCUUCUCCUCGCGGCGUGCCUGUGCUCCGCCCACGUCGCGACGGCGCGCGCGGCCGAGGACGCCGCCGCGGACGACGACGACGCGACGUUCGACCCGCCCGCGGGGCUCGGCGCGGGGAACGCCCGCCACCCCGGAUCCGCGCGCGACGUCGACGUCGACGUCGACGCGAUGAACGCCCGCGCGCGGUCCCUCCCCGGCGGCGGCCUCCACAGCGACGUCAGCAUCGCGUGCAGCGCGUGCGCGGCGUCCAUGCACGCCAUCAAGAGGCUCAAGUUCCGCCCGCGACGGACGGGAUCGAUGAUGAGCGCGCACGUGGACGAGGUCGAUCCCGCGACGGGGGAGACGCGAAACGUGCCGUAUCACGCGUCGACCGCCCACUUCAACGCGACGCUCGAAGACGCGUGCGACGAAGAGUCCCUCCGCGUCUACGAUCGCAAGUCGACGUGGCUCGGGGACGUCGCGUUCGUCAGGGACGACGUCCCCUGGGGCGACGACGCGCUCCGCGGUAAACGCGUCGACGCCGAUCUCGCGCUCGUCUGCGCGCGGCUGACGACGCACUAUCGCGACGAGAUCGCGGCGCACGCGACGCGGCGCGACCCGUCCGUCGCGUGCGUCGAGGUGGGUCGGUGCGGGGAGAGGAGGGAUGUGUGGACGGAGGUUUUGGAGGCGGCGGUCAAGUUGUCGACGCGGCCGACGGCGUUGAUUCGAAUGGCGCCCGUGUGGCUGUCGUCCUUCGCGCUUCCGCUGUUGUUCAGGUCGAUGUUCUUCCCGCCGAGGGAGUACGCGAACAUCGCGGACGCGGUGCGCGAGGCGGCGAGCGGCGGGGGGUUGGGGGAGAAGCGUGGGGGUGGGAAGAAGCGGCGAUAG